AUGUUUCAACAAUUCAACAGAACAACAAGACAAUUUCCACCACUCCUCAGGAGUAUCCAAUUGAGACACUUCACUCAAUAUGCAAAAAACCCACAAAUACAUAUCCAUGAAAACCCACCGCACCAUUAUAAUUUUUCAUUGUCAAAAAACCCAAAUGCUCUAAUUAUCGGCAACUCACAAAGUACCGACCCUAAACCAGAUAACUUUACCAUUAAUAAGGAGUUUGUCGAUCUAUUGCACAAGACUUUCGAAAAUAAGAUUUACGAUGAUUUCACAUUCAUAAUGGAGGCUGGAACAAAUGCCAAUUCUUUUAUGCCCAUUUAUGAUUUCAGAGAUAUUCCCAAAUAUUCAAGACAACCAUAUAUUGGUAAUGUAUUUGGGUAUUUACAGGUUGAUGGCAAUGCCAAGAUUAUACCAGGAAGCUGGCAACGAAACGAUAUGUAUGAGUUGUGUAAUGGUAAGGAUGGGUUAUGUCAUUUUAGUGAAUACAUGUAUGAAACAUUGCAGCAAGAAUGUGAAAACGCUAAGAGUUAG